AUACGGUAAUUCUAUCCCAUCGUCGCUUUUCUACAAGGGGCUAAACCUCCAAAUCCUGAGAUAUCGACAUAUCCUCGAGUAUACCCGAGUACUUAUGAUACUGUGGAUGGCAAGCCCACCCUCCCCAUCUUCCGACCGGUACUGUGUCCCGGGAAAUUGUAUAAAUAGAUCCGUGGGUGAAUAAAGUGUGGGUAAUUUCCGCCAGUACCCGAGUAUCCACCGUUUCUACAGCACUUUCUUCCUUCUUUCCUUCUUUUUUCUUUCGCCCUUGGCCCUUCGCCCAGCGACCGGGUCGGGUCGGGUCGGGUCACCGGGAAACGGAGAGGGAGAAGAAGCGGGUGAUACAGACCUUGACUCUACAAUGUCUACAUCUCCACUACCGCCAAUUCACGCAAGCUUCUCACCUCCACCGGACUUUAUCGUGCCACUAUUACCCCCGCCACCAGCUCGCCCCAGCUCGCUUCCACUAAUGCCGAAGCCGCAGCCGAUUCGUAUCCGUGUUUUCCCCCGCCGCAAAACGAUUGGCAUUCUCCUCCUCGGCGUGGUGAUCUUCCUCUGGGUCUUGAGCACCUUCCUGACUUUCACCAUAUUCUCUGACGGGAGUUAUACCAAGCCGUACUUUGUGACAUAUGUGAAUACGUGCUCGUUCUGCUUCUACCUGCUUCCCGGGGCGUGGCGGGCGUGGCGGGGGAAGUGCGAGGAGAGGGACCGGAGUAGGGUGGGAUAUGCACGUUUGGGGAACGUGCCGUUGCCCAGAGCUGUGGGCGAGGAUGAGGAUAGGGAUGGGGUGAUAAUGGCGAGCAAGAGUUUGGUGGUGGAGGGGGAGGGUAUGCUUAGUGAGAGGGAGACUAUAUUGCUGAGUUUGCAAUUCUGCCUACUUUGGUUUGUUGCAAACUACUUCCAAUCCUACUGCCUCAAAUGGACUUCUGUCGCCAGUGCUACAAUCCUCUCCUCAACCAGCAGUAUUUUCACCCUCAUGCUCGGCGCGCUCCUCCGCAUCGAGCGCUUCACCUGGACAAAAUUCCUAGCUGUCGUGCUGUCCUUCACCGGUGUAUCGCUUGUGUCCUCCGUAGACCUCAGUCCCUCCUCUUCCCUAUCGCCCGGCGCAGGUGAUAAAACACCGGGACAAAUCCUCCGCGGCGACCUGAUGGCCCUUAUGGGCGCUUUCUCCUACGGUGUGUACACAAUUCUGUUAAAAGUGCGCAUAGGCCACGAAAGCCGCAUCAGCAUGACCAGAUUCUUUGGCUUCGUGGGGCUGUUCAACUUUCUCGUGCUCUGGCCCGGUAUAAUCAUACUACAUCACGCGGGUGUAGAAAAGUUCGAAAUUCCACCGGAUGCGAGGAUUUGGUGGAUUGUGGUGAUCAACGCUAGCAUUACACUGAUUUCGGACUACUGCUGGGUGUACGCCAUGCUGCUCACCACGCCGUUGAUUGUUACGGUGGGAUUGAGCUUGACGAUUCCGCUUGCUCUCCUGGGCCAGAUGCUCGUGCUGGGAGUUUGGUCAAGUGGGGUGUAUUGGAUUGGUGCGGUGCUGGUGUUUUUGGCGUUUUUGUUUGUGAAUCGGGAGAGUGUGGUUGACGAUAUAGGAGGGGGGGAGGGGGAGGGGGGGGUGGUUGUGGAUGUGGAGGGCGAGACGGGGAGGUGGGAGAGGUAGAGCGGGGUUUGUUGGUCUUGGAGUGAGUUGUGUAGGGGUAUAGAAAGUGCUGUAUUUUCUUUUCGCUUUUGAAGCGGUUGUGUUUGGAGCUUGGCAUAUACUGUGCUGUUGUGUCGCUGAACGGAACUGGAAUGGUGUCACGUUUCUAUAGUAGAGGGUUUUCGUUCUUAAUUUCAUGCUGAGUUAGAUUUUGA